UGAACAAAAUCUGAAGAAAUUUCGCAAGGAUAGUGUCUGUUGCGGUUGCGAUAACAGACACGAUCUCAUGUUAACACGGUUUUAUUUAUCUGUCUGCUAUUGGAAAUACGCCUAAGUGCAGUUCAUGUCUAUAGUCUGUAUAUUUUUUGUCUCGUGAUGUUUGAGGCGUGGAAGCGAAUAGUUUUUACAGCAUUUCUAGUUUCAAACUGUCACUUUGUAACAACUUUGUUAUGCUACUGUACAUCACACAACAAUGUAGAACCCGUGUUUGAGAACAAUGUAACGGCUAAAACCACUUCGAAAAUUAUACUGAAAAACAAAUGUUUCACCGGAAGUAUUCAUGGACAUUUAUUCUGUCCGGAGAAUCAUACGUUCUGUAUAAAGCGGGAAGACUUACACUCUACUUCGUGUGAUGAAACGUUACAUAACAGCGCAUCUGCAUACUGGGCAACUGGAACAGCCAAUACAGCCAAACGAUUACCAUUGGACACAGGGACCGAGUACAUGGGUCAAAGGCGUUUCAUAGCUGACGAUGGUCGGUGGGGUGAAUGGGGUCCUUGGGAGGGGUGCGUUGCAACUUCGUGUGGUGAAUUUGGAAUUCACAGAAGGAAGCGCGAGUGUUUAUCAAAAUCUGUAGUAGCACACUGCGUUGGUGACGAUGUAGAGUUGAAUACAUGCUUCAUAAAUUGCACAGUGAAAGUUGAUGGUCAGUGGUCUGAAUGGUCAACCUGGUCUACAUGCUCAAGUUAUACUGCAAAGGAUGCUAUGACUCAUAGGUUACGGAAAUGUGACAAUCCACCUGCAUCAAAUGGAGGAGCAGCGUGUCCUGGUAAAAGCUGGGAAAUAUUAGCAUGCUCCGAUCUGAGCGGAAUAUGGUCUGAUUGGGGUAAUUGGUCCGCUUGUUCUGUGACAUGUGGGCAAGGAACACAACAGAGACAAAGGCAGUGUCAGAGAACUAUUGGUCAAUGUACAGGAAAUGAUACCAUUACACAAACAUGCACAGAAAUAAAGAAUUGUCCAGUUAAUGGGAAGUUCUCAGAAUGGUCGCAAUGGAGUGCAUGCCCAGUGACAUGUGGUGCAGGUCCAAUGAUGAGAAAUCGUUAUUGUGACAACCCAAAGCCCCAGUUUGGUGGAAGUGGAUGUGUGGGGGCUUUUGCUCAAGCGGACUUGUGUAACACACAACAUUGUCCCAUUGAUGGUCACUUCACGGACUGGUCGCCAUGGCAAUCAUGCAGUGCAACCUGUGGAACUGGCACAAAAGAACGUUUACGCUCUUGUACUAAUCCUCCACCCUCUAAUGGAGGGGAUGACUGUUCGGGACCAAGCAAAGAUACAGAUACCUGUUACGAGGCUGUUUGCAGCGUUGAUGGAGAAUGGGGACAAUGGCAGGCGUGGGCACAAUGCACGUGUGGGAACACUCACCAGAGGAAAAGAGACUGUGACAGCCCUGCUCCAGUUGCAAACGGUGCAUACUGUGUUGGGAGCGCAACUGAUACCGCCCCGUGCACACCGGAUACAUCUCUCAAAUGCCCUGUGGCUGGAGGCUGGACUGACUGGCUCGAGUGGGGAACGAGAUGCAGUGUAACUUGUGGCCAUGGCGCAGUGAAAAGAUUUAGACAGUGUGCGAACCCAAUACCUAGUAAUGGUGGAGCUUACUGCGCCGGAGAUUUGUUCCAAUCAAGAGAAUGUAUUCAGCCACGUUGUCCAGUUGACGGUGUAUGGUCAUCAUGGUCAGCCUGGUCACACUGUGACGUCACAUGUGCUAAUGGUACUCAGUUCAGGAACAGAACUUGCAACAACCCAAUGCCUCAGUAUGGUGGAAAAGACUGUCAAGGAGGAGUGGGUGAAUCAAAGAUAUGCACGCAGAAUCCGUGCCCAGUCAAUGGCAUGUGGGGAGCGUGGCUAGCUUGGUCAAGUUGGGAUGUCACUUGCGCUCAGGGGUCAAGGUCACGUAUUCGAACUUGCAACUCUCCAGCACCAAUGUUUAAUGGUCAUGACUGUCCUGGUGACUUUAACGGACACGAAAGUAAAGACCUUGGAAAUUGCCCAGUUGAUGGAUCAUGGGACAGUUGGACAACAUGGACAAAGUGUUCUGUCACGUGUGAAAAUGGGACGCAGACAAGAACGCGCACGUGUUCUAAUCCACCGCCGCAAUAUGGUGGACUAGAUUGUGUCGGAGACAGGAACGAAACUCAAGUUUGUACUGACAGACCAUCAUGUGUCAUUGAUGGCAGCUGGUCUGACUGGAGUGCCUGGUUUGGUUGUUCAGUAACAUGUGGACAAGGAACAGACAAACGUUACAGAGCCUGUAACAACCCACUUCCUCAAAACGGGGGUAGAUAUUGUCAGGGGCCAUUCAGCGAAUCGACGAAUUGUACCUUGGUAUCAUGUCCUGUUGAUGGGAAAUGGGCGGACUGGGGAUCUUGGGGAAGUUGUUCAGUAAGUUGUUCGAAUGGAACCUCUGUAAGAAUCCGCACAUGUUCCAAUCCGUAUGCAGAAUAUGGUGGAAAGCAAUGUGAUGGAAGCUCUACAGACGUACGCGACUGCCUCAUGGGACUCUGUACUAUUGAUGGCAGCUGGUCUGCCUGGAGUGCCUGGUUUGGUUGUUCAGUAACAUGUGGAAAAGGAACAGACAAACGUUACAGGGCCUGUAACAACCCAGUUCCUAAAAACGGGGGCAGAUAUUGUCAGGGGUCAUUUAGUGAAUCGAUGGAUUGUGCCUUGGUUCAAUGCCCGGUUGAUGGCAACUGGGCAGACUGGGGAUCUUGGGGAAGUUGUAGCGUUACAUGUUCCAAUGGAACAUCUGUAAGAAUCCGAAGUUGUUCCAAUCCGUAUCCAAAAUAUGGUGGAAAACAAUGUGUAGGUAACGCAACAGCUGUGCGCGACUGCUUCCCUAAAGUAUGUACAAUUGAUGGAAAUUGGGCAGUGUGGGGAUCUUGGGGAAGUUGUUCAGUUACAUGUUCAAAUGGAACAUCUGAGAGGAUCCGGACUUGCGACAAUCCAAAGCCACAGAACGGCGGCAAGAACUGCACAGGAGCCCCAACAGAAAUUGUGAACUGUUUCGAGAAAGUGUGUCCAAUUGAUGGAAGCUGGGGCAGCUGGACACCGUGGAGUAGAUGUAUGGGAGACUGUAAUAGUGGCAAUAAACAACGGUACAGAAACUGUGACAACCCUAUGCCAGACCACGGAGGACAAACAUGUGCCGGGCCACCAUUUGAGACGAUGAAUUGUUUACCUAAAAACUGUACAACUCCACGUCUUCCAGUUGUUCAUCAGGUAACAGCGUCAUCCUGGUCAAGAUGGUUCUACGACACUUGUACAACAACAUGUGGCCCUGGGACUACAAAUAGGCUCAGACAUUGUAACACCGGACAUGACGAAGAUUGUCACGGGAAUGCGUACGAAACUGUGACUUGCAAUUUAGGACAUUGUCCGGUGUCUGGAGCUUGGAGCGCUUGGCAGCCAUGGAGUGUUUGCUCGAGAAGUUGCGGUGAAGGAAGUUGGCAUAGAACUAGAAGCUGUGACAAUCCCCCACCUCAAUAUGGCGGACCAGCUUGUACUGGAACAAACAAUGAAACAGCUGUUUGUAAACUGACUGACUGUCCACGAAGUAGAAAGGACGUGAAAAAUCAUGUCAUAUACAAGACAGGAAAUAGAAGACAGAAUGUAGAAGCAAAUGCUCAUUUUACGUUUCAGAUGUUUGAGGUGUGUAAAAUAAUAGUUUUUACAGCAUUUCUAGUUUCAAACUGUCACUUUGUAACAACUUUGUUAUGCUACUGUACAUCACAACACAAUGUAGAACCCGUGUUUGAGAACAAUAUUACAGCUAAUGCCACUACAAAAAUUAUCCUGGAAAACAAAUGUUUUGCCGGAAGUAUUCAUGGACAUUUAUUCUGUCCGGAGAAUCAUACGUUCUGUAUAAAGCUGGAAGACUUACACUCUACUUCUUGCGAUGAAACAGUACAUAACAGCGCAUCUGCAUACUGGACAACUGGAACAGCCAAUACAGCCAAACGAUUAACAAUGGACGCAGGGACCGAGUACAUGGGUCAGAGGCGUUUCAUAGCUGACGAUGGUCAGUGGGGUGAAUGGGGCCCUUGGGAUCAGUGCAUUGCAACAUCGUGUGGUGAAUUUGGAAUUCACAGAAGGAAGCGUGAGUGUUUAUCAAAGUCUGUAGUAGCACACUGCGAUGGUGACGAUGUAGAGUUGGAUAAAUGUUUCUUAAAUUGCACAGUGAAAGUUGAUGGUCAGUGGUCUGAUUGGUCAACAUGGUCUACAUGCACAAGUUUUACGGCAAAGGAUGCUUUAACUCAUAGAAUACGGCAAUGUGACAAUCCGCCUGCAUCACAUGGAGGAAAAACGUGUCCUGGUAAAAGCUGGGAAAUAAUAGCAUGCUCCAAUCUUACUAGCUGGGAACCAUGGGGAAGCUGGAGUGUCUGCUAUCAAACUGCAGGCAUUGACCUGCAGUUCAGGAACAGAACAUGUAGGAGAGAUCCAUGUGAUGGUGAGAAGCUAGGGGCCAAAUUAUGUCACGAGCCGCCAACGUUUAAAGACUGGGGCCCAUGGGGUGCGUGUUCAGUGACAUGUGGCCUAGGCGACCAAACACGCCAUCGUCAAUGCGAUAACGGAACACCAGAUUCGACUUCCACCAGUGUGCCUUGUCUCGGAAAUUCUUCGGAGUCAAGACAGUGCAUGGAUACGUUAUGUCACGGUUCAGACCUAGCUUACUGGUCCGAGUGGUCAGCUUGGAGUUUUUGCGAGCCGCCGUGUGAUUCAGGCACAUCAACGAGGCACAGAGUAUGUCAUGGUAACAGUACAUGUCAAGGUGCAUCUGAGGAUAAUGUGACUUGUUCUCAAAAUGUUUGCAAUAUCGGAGGAGGAUGGUCGACGUGGGAGGAGUGGAGCGCUUGCAAUUAUGGCCCGUCGUACAGUGUAACAGUAAGACUUCGCAGCUGUUCAAAUCCAUACCCGAAAAACUCUGGAAAAGAUUGUUUUGGCAACUAUUGGGGAAUUGAAGCUUGUAAACAAGAAUCGGCCUGGGGAGCAUGGGUAAAUGUCGGACACUGUAUUAUAUAUGAUAACACUAGUUUGCAGCUCAGAAACCGAUCUUGUCAUAUAGGUCUGGGAAAUGAAACUUGUGACGGAAAAGACUUCAGUUUCGAACCAUGUGAACUGAAAGGAAUAUGGUCUGAUUGGGGUAACUGGUCGUCCUGUUCUGUGACAUGUGGUGAAGGAACGCAACAAAGACACAGACAGUGUCAGAAUACUACCGAUCAAUGUAGAGGAAAUGAUACCAUUACACAAACAUGCACAGAUGUAAAAAAUUGUCCAGUUGACGGGAAGUUCUCAGAAUGGACACAAUGGAGUGCAUGUCCAGUGACAUGUGGUGGAGGUCCAGUGACAAGAAAUCGUUAUUGUAACAACCCAAAGCCCCAGUAUGGUGGAAAUGGUUGUGUAGGGGCUUAUUCUGAUACGAGUGUGUGUAACACACAAGAUUGUCCCGUUGAUGGACACUACACGGACUGGUCAUCUUGGCAACUAUGCAGUGCAACGUGCGGAAAUGGAACAAAAGAACGUACACGCUCUUGUACUAAUCCUGCACCAUCUAAUGGAGGGGAUGACUGUGCGGGACCAAAUAAAGAUACAGAUACCUGUAACGAGGCAGUUUGCAGCGUUGAUGGAGAAUGGGGUCAAUGGCAGGCGUGGGCACAAUGCACGUGUGAGAGCACUCACCAGAGGAAACGAGACUGUGACAGCCCUGCUCCAGUUGCAAACGGCGCAUACUGUGUUGGGAACGCAACUGAUACCGCCCCGUGCACACCGGAUACUUCUCUCAAAUGCCCUGUGGCUGGAGGCUGGGCUGACUGGCUCGAGUGGGGAACGAGAUGCAGUGUAACUUGUGGCCAUGGCGUAGUGAAAAGAUUUAGACAGUGUGCGAACCCAAUACCUAGUAAUGGUGGAGCUUACUGCGCCGGGGAAUUGUUCCAAACAAGGGAAUGUAAUCAGCCACAUUGUCCUGUUGACGGUGUAUGGUCAUCAUGGUCAGCCUGGUCGCACUGUGACGUCACAUGUGCUAACGGUACUCAGUUCAGGAACAGAACUUGCAACAGCCCAACGCCUCAGUACGGUGGAAAAGACUGUCAAGGAGGAGUGGGUGAAUCAAAGAUAUGCACACAGAAUCCAUGCCCAAUCAAUGGCAUGUGGGGAGAGUGGCUAGCUUGGUCAAAUUGGGAUGUCACUUGUGCUCAUGGGUCAAGGUCACGUAUUCGAAAAUGCGACAAUCCAGCACCAAUGUUUGGCGGCCAAGACUGUCCAGGUGACUUUAAUGGACACGAAAGUAAAGUCCUUGGAAAUUGUCCAGUAAAUGGAUCAUGGGGAGGUUGGACAACAUGGACAAAGUGUUCAGUCACGUGUGAAAAUGGGACGCAUUCAAGAACGCGCACGUGUUCUAAUCCACCGCCGCAGUAUGGUGGACUAGAUUGUGUCGGAGACAGGAACGAAACUCAAGUUUGUAGUGAUAGACUGUCAUGUGCAAUUGACGGCGGGUGGUCAGACUGGAGUAAUUGGUUCGGCUGUACCGUGACUUGCGGAGUAGGAAGUAACGUCCGUUACCGUGCCUGUAAUAACCCGGUACCUGAAAAUCACGGCAAACCGUGUCCUGGUGACUUUUCGGAAAACAUUACGUGCAACUCAUUCGUAUGUCCAGUCGACGGGAACUGGGCAGAUUGGGGAGCUUGGACCAGUUGCUCAGUAACAUGUUCCAAUGGUACCAGCGCCAGAGUGCGAAAUUGUUCGAAUCCUUCACCAGUAGCCGGCGGUAAACCAUGCACUGGAAGUUCUUCUGAGAACAAAGACUGUUUCGAUAGAGAAUGUCCAAUUGAUGGUAAUUGGACAGACUGGUCUCCCUGGGACUCCUGUUCUACAACUUGUGACUUAGGUUACAGACUACACAAUAGAUCAUGUGACAAUCCCAAACCCCAGUAUGGUGGGGCCUAUUGUAUUGGACACUCCGUUGGCAACGAAACUUGUAACCUUGGCCACUGCCCGGUUGAUGGAGUAUGGGGACCAUGGCAAGAAUGGGGUGAUUGCUCUGCAACCUGCGACAAUGGCACCAAGCUUCGUUCUCGAACCUGUGAUACGCCACCACAAUACGGAGGAGCAAACUGUUCCGGAAUCAAUCAGGAAUCUGAAACUUGUUUCAAGGCAGCCUGUCCUGUUGAUGGUUCCUGGGGUUCCUGGUCGCCAUGGAGCCCUUGUACUGGUGACUGUACCGCUGCCAACAAACAACGAUUCAGAAACUGCGACAAUCCGAGACCAGACCCUGGGGGAGCUUAUUGUUUCGGAGACGCCACUGACUCUCAAAAUUGUCUUCCACAAAAUUGCACAACAGUUGGUCCACAGACAUCGGUCGCUUAUACCAGUGGUUCUGCACCAACAACACAGACGGCGGUCGUUUACACAAAUGCUUCUGUCCCAACAACACAGACGGCGGUCGUUUACACAAAUGCUUCUGUCCAAACAACUACUGCAGGUGCUCCGAUUGAUUUCAAGUGCUAUGAAUGUGACACCACUAUACCGGAAGUGUGUGUUGCACUGAAACGAGAGACGAUUUGCCACGAACCUUACUGUAUCAACGAGUUCACUAACACAGCAGACGGCAAGAAACUUCUCGACAGAAGGUGUGGUACCAAACUUGAAUGUGACAAGGAUUGGUGGAAAACGACAAGUGACAACGACAAAUGUACGUUAUUUGACGUCACGGAAACGGUCACUAAUUACGUGCACUGUACGUUCUGCUGUGUGGACGAGUUGUGUAACGAUCCGAUUAUACCUGACGCCAAGUCACUGUAUAAACCAACCUCUUGAAAAUGUCAAGUCUGUCGCUUCUCGUAUUUGACAAAGAAUUCUGUCAAUAAAUUUUCCUCAGUUAUCUGAGUGUG